ACUUUGGGGCUUUUUGCUCUUUUGGCUUCGCCGCCUUUCGUUUUCAACUGUUGGCUCGUUGCUUGUUGGCGCUUAUACGAGUAUUAUUGUUUUUGUUUUUCGCUGUUGGCGCAGUCACAAAUGCUGAAAUGGCCUGGCCGCUUACUGUCGCUCCAUGGCGUUGUGCUGUUUUGUGUGCCGCGCGCUUAUAUUCUCGCCCAUAUCUGUAGCCAGAGCAUUGAGCCGCGCACAAUUCCAUUCCUUUAGUUAUUUGAAAGCAGUCUGAGGAAACGGUUGCGGGCUCGUCGCUACCGGAUGAUAAGCAAUCGUCUAUUUUAAAUUGAUCGGCGCCAGGUGGUGAUUAUUAGUUAGUGUUUAGUUUUCGUUUUCUUAGCACCACGGCUUAACAUACACGUCUACAGGGCACGCCACUUAACACGGGAAGCUAUGUGCACAUUCAUUCACAUAUGCACAUACAUACAUACGCAUACACAUAUGUAAAUAGUUAGUGCAUCGCGCAACAGUAAAACGUGCUUUCAGUUUUUCAAUAUUCGAUUCAUUCAUCCGUUCGUACUUUCAUUUUAGUAUUCUUUAAAAAACUAUUUGAACAAAAAGAAAUAAAUAAAAACACUUGCGUACGUACAAAGCCAAGCAUAUCAUAUACUUUAGUACAUAUAUUGGUGUGCAUGCGUAUACAUAAGCAUAUUUUAAGAAAAUAGAAUUACAUGGCAUACAUGUUUAUAUGUACAUAUGUAUGUAUGUGCGCUUAAUGUUCGAAAAAAUAAAAGCAAACGGAAUGCAAAAAGUGAAAUGUGUUUAGAUUUAGUAAAUCAAAUCGAGCUGUGACUACAAGAAGCAAAUGAAUAGGUAAAACACAAGUAAAGACAAUUCGAAAAUAGCAACAUAGAAAAAGGAAGAAGUAAAUACAAAGUUAAUAGAGGAAAUUCUUAAAUUUUGUGAAGUAAAAACACAAAAUAUCACUAGCAAAAGCUCGAAGCAGCAUUUGCGCCGACUGUUUGCCAAUACAUCCAACUAGCACACUGAAGGCGUGCGCGUACGACUUACUACACACUCACAAAUAAGCGAUUGAGAGCGAGUUCAAGUUGCUUACAAACAGACACGCACACAAGUGCACGUGACAAACGAAAGAAAGGCGAACUGGUGUAGAAAGCGUCGCCCACAGUUUAUCAGUUUAUGUGGUAGAACGCCCUGUGUAUUUUAGCUAGCUGCAUAAACGCGUAAGCCUCGCUGUGCACCAAGGCAAUCCGUCGGUGCCAUCAUUCUGAACAUCAUCGAAAAAAACCGUUUUUACGUUCGCGUAUGCAAACAGCUGGAUCUACAACAGUACGUCUGGAACGACAGCCACAGAUCAACGACAAAGCUAACGUAGAUAACAACUAUCAACCAAAACAACAACGGUUCAUACGAUAAAAGCCAAGUAACAAUAACAACGAUUAGAGCAACAGCAGCAGCGACCAUAAUAAUAAACAACGACGACAACAACGCAACCAGUGAUAAACGACAACCCAAAGACUUGUGCAUCGGCGACAGCUACUCAUUUUGUCGUAUUAAUUUAUUUAUUUAUUCAACACACUGCAGAAUAAAUGGCAAUGCAGAGCACCAGAGCCCAUGAGGAGGCCAAAGCCGUAGCUGAGCCCCUAAAUGGUAAUGAUGAAGAUUACGAAAUCGACGAAUCAACAGCAGCUGUAGUCGUUCCACCGGAUAGCGGAUGGGCAUGGGUUGUGAUGGUGGCAUCAUUUUUAUGUUGUACGGUACUCGACGGAAUUGUUUUUUGUUCUGGUUUAAUUCAAGAAGACUUAAUCAAAGAAUUUAAUGUCAAAAAAGGUUAUGCGGCAUUAGUGUCUUCACUCCUUAGCGGUUGUUAUUUAAUGGCAGGACCUUUUGUAAGUGCCUUGGCAAAUCGAUUCGGUUUCCGCCCCGUAGCAAUAGCUGGAGCGCUGUUUGCAGCAACCUGCUUUGGUAUAUCCUAUUUUGCUGUAAGCAUUGAGUUCUUAUUUAUUACAUAUGGGAUUCUCGCUGGUAUUGGUUUUUCCAUGGUCUAUAUACCAGCCGUUGUAAUUAUUGGCUUUUAUUUUGAAAAGUGGCGUGCUCUAGCAACCGGUAUUGCUAUGUGUGGUUCUGGCGUGGGCACUAUUGUAUUCACUCCAUUGACUGAUAUAUUGCUAAAAUCGGGAUGGAGAUACACACUUGCAAUUCAAGGAAUAAUAAUUGCGUUUUGUGCUUUCUUCGCAUGCGCAUUUAGACCAAUUCAGCCCAUCACACUGGCUGUGGAUGAAGACUCUAACGAAAACAAGCAUGACAAUGAAAAACGCAAUGGACAUGGCAAUAUUGUUGCACCAAAGCCCCAACUUCAUCAAGCUGCCUUUACUAAACCGCUUCCUGAAGGACGUUUCGCUUAUUCAAUGCCAAAUUCAGCACAUAAUACUUAUAUGGGGGCAUCUCCCAAGCAUCAUUACCCCACAGCUGCAGAAGUCUUUAGAGGUGCAAAUAUUGAGCGUCGCCUCUCAAACUCUUCCGGCAAAGGCACAGAAUUGAAAGCUCUGCGAAAAUCGCAGCCUACCACUCCGAAUGGAGAGCCUCAACCCUCUCAGCUUCACUUCAAUAUUAACAAAGAAUUAACAACAGUUGGAGAAAAUGAAGAAGAAACCGAGAAUGAGAAUUUGAUCGAAACUGAAGCAAAACCAGUGGUAAUACAGGCACGUAGACACACAGUGUCUGGCAGAAGGCCAAACGACAUUGUUGGGAAAAAGAGUGCAGUUGGAUCGCAAGAUACUGUUCACAAUAUUCACACUAGACCUAUGUACCGCGAUGACAUUUUCUUCACUGGUUCCUUAGCACGAAUUCCACAAUAUCAAUCACAGACUUCCCUCGCCUAUCAUAUGUCGGUGACACGUCUUCCAACCAAACAGGAUAUGCUUGAAGAUCGACAAAAGGGUUGUCGACUUUGUCCUGAAGCUGUGCGGCGUACUUUAUCGACGAUGUUGGACACUUCGUUGCUUAAGUCGCCAUCCUUCAUGUGUCUGGCCUUCAGCGGUUUUCUGACCAUGAUGGGUUUCUUUGUGCCUUUUAUGUUUUUGACACCACGUGCCGAAUCGGCAGGAAUGGACAAAAGUACUGCACUUAGCGUUGUUUCUGGCAUAGGAUUGGUUAAUACAAUUGCUAGGUUAGUUUGCGGUACGGUCAGUUCAAUUCCCAGUGUGAAACCACUAUGGUUAAACAAUGUAGCAAUCACAGCGGGUGGUCUGGCGACAAUUUUCAGUGGUGUUAAAAUAACGGUUGUAACUCAAUGGGCAUUCGCUAUCUUCUUUGGCGUUUGUAUUGCUUGCUUUUCGGCGUUGCGUUCCCUAAUAGCUGUGGAAAUGAUUGGAUUGGAGAAAUUAACGAAUGCAUUUGGAUUCCUUAUGCUGUUUCAGGGCAUUGCGGCGACAGUUGGAGCUCCUAUUGCAGGCAUACUCUUUGAACUGACACAGGACUACAAUACUUCGUUCUAUUUCGCUGGCGGACUGAUAUUAGUUUCGGCGUUCCUGUGCUACCCGUUAACAUACAUUGCUAACUGGGAGAAGGCGCGUAAUGAAAGAAAGGCCGCGCAGAAUCCUCCAAGAGCAUAGUUACAUAAAUAUUCGUGAAUUAAAAUUAAAGUUAAAAUCAAAAUAAUAUCAUACAACUGAAUAACCAUAUAACAAUAAAAUAGUAAAACUAAAGACUUGAAUUUAAACUGUGUAUGUGUACAUACAUAUGUACGUAUGUAUAUAUAUUUGUUUUAUGCAUACACACAUAUGUAAAUAAGUUCGUAUGAGUGACCGCGACGAAACUAAAGCUUCCUAACCGAAGUCAGGCAAAUAGCUUAAAUACAAUUAUUAGGUUAUACUGAGAAGUUACAAAAUUGUAAUUAAAUAUAUUCUAGGAUAUGCAUAUUUGCAUAUGUAAGUCGAAAAAGUUAUUAUAUUUUAAUAGCAACGACUACACUAAUUUUAAUAUAAACUUCAGUGUAACACUAACAUUGAUAAUUUAUUAAUUUGUUAAAAAAUGAUGGAACAAUUUAAUUAAUAAAAAAGUGAAACUUAAUCUCUAAGGUGUUUGUCAAUUACUUCUAACCCUAAGUUACCAGUGAGCUUAGUUCUUAGUCUUUACAAUAAAGAAAUAUUGAAUAUAGAUUUAUAAA